UAAGUAAAAUAUAUAGUUUUAAAUCUUAAAAAAGAAAGAAAAAAAGGUCGCCAAAAAUAUGAUGAGAAUGCUAAAAAUUCGAAAUUUUUCUUUUGCAAAGUUGGGUGAUAAGUUUUGCUUUGAUUUUUUUUAAAAAAGUUUAAAAGGGUGAAAAGAACAAGAUACCUUGAUAACAGCCGGUGGUGUACUGUAUGCACGCACACACGUCAGAAUACGACACACGUUGCUUUCCCAAUUCUUUUACUGUCUGAACUUCAGUUUCUUAGUGAAAUUAGUCGCUGAAACAUAUACGUGACAGCAAUUCUAAUUUGUGACAGCGUUAUCAGUUCUUGUCAGCAAUGGUUGAGAAUAGAGUUCUAUUGUUGUCAGCAGUUAGUGCAGCAGGAGUAGCAGUGGCAGCAUAUAUUUAUAUAUAUAGAACCAAGGUUUUCUCCAGUCCUUCUCCGAACCCGGAGAAACCCCAACCUGCUCCAGAGCCAGUAGAACCCAUUCAAACAGAGGAUUCAGCUCCAUCUUCCCAACCUCAACCUGAACAUGCUGAACAGGAACACAUUGACAGAGAUGAUGAUUUUACUAACGGAUUACUCAUCAGUUCUCCAAUAUAUUCUCAUUAUACUGACCAUAAUAUUGACACAUCCACCAACCUAUCAACAGGAGUAGAGGACAGGGUUGAUGCUAGUGGAAAUGUAGACGAGAGACUUGAGACUGCUGGAAACGAGGAUUCAAUGAUAAUUAUAAACCCAGAGGAUGAGGAUGGAUCAAGAUCUAAUAUUGAACAAAUACAGUUUCAAGAUUAAACAACACAUUCUAUGCUCGUAAAUAUAUAUAUUUGAGUCAAUUAAAUUGAAAAUACAUAAAAUAAAUGUCGAAACUGAA